UCAACUGCAACUGAAACAACAACAGCAACAACAACAGCUGCUGCAACUGCCGGCGCUGCGGCUAAAUUUCGUGCCGCUGUUGCAUCAGCGCCUCAGGCGAGCAGCAGCUCGAAGAAGAAGCGUGCAGCAUAUGCGGCGCUCAAGCGGCAGGUAGCCAUGAAACAGCAGCAACAACAACAGCAGCAUCAAACAACUGCCACGCCCGUAACGGAAGUGGGAGCAGCAGCAGCAGUAGCCGGAGUGGCAUCCACUAGCAACAAGGACUCGGCGCAUUUGAAAUUCGCCGCAACAACAUUGUUGAUGGGCGCCGCUGCCUCUGCGACAGAUGGCAACGCUGGUAAUGCUGCUGCUAUUAUCGCUCCACCCCCCCAAUCGACAACGACGAGCAGCGGAAGCAGCAACAACAGCAGCGGAAGCAGUGCAGCGACAGCUGUUGCUGUGCUCAAGCAGAAGCUGAAGAACGUUGGCGCCAUUUCGAAUGCGGCGGCCGUUGCUGCGGCGACUGCUGCCAACAACAAUCGAUCGGCGGCGGCAGCGGCAGCCGCAUUGUCGUCAUCGGCGUCAACGUCGACAACAUCGUCAUCGUCAUCGAACUCCUCACCGCUAUCGUCAUCGGGCAUUGUGAACGCGAUUUCGUCGGCGUUGCAGAACAUCAUUACAAGGGAUACGGAUAUGGAUACCGAAUUCUAUCAACAACCGGUCACCACACAUUUAUCCGAAUCUGAGGAGGAGUCGGUGUCAGAGAUCCUAUUGGCAUUCUUGUGUUUAAGGCCAGAUCUCCUGGAUGAUAUACCCGAGUCUGAUCACGAUAGCUGUCCGCACGAGGAGGGCGAAGUGCUCGAGGAUGAGGACGAGACGGAAGAGGAAUCGGAAGAAUCUGAUGAAUCUGAAGGUGACGAUGAUGAGGAUGACGAAGAGAACGAACAAUAUGUACUGCAAGAGAAUGAUGCGGAUGACGAAGACAUCGAUGAUGAGGAUGACGACAAGGAUGCGCCCGAGGUUAAGAACUUUCUGCUUGAGCCAAAUAAGAACAAACGUUCAAGUAAUCUCACCGCCCUGCUCACAGCAGCAGCGAAUGAGAAAGCGCCCGUCCUCCGUCAUGCAACUCAUGCUAUCGAUGAAACCAAGCAGGCGCUAACCAAAAUGCGAUGUGCCAACAGUCCGCGAGACAAAAAUGUUUUCUCGCGCAGCCUUGCCACUGCCUGCGCCGACAAUGAUGUCAACACCGUGAAGCGAUUACUUUGCAAGGGCAACCUGAACGAUGCAGCCGCCUCCACGGAUGAGGGCGAAUCCUUAUUGUCGAUGGCUUGCUCCGCCGGCUACUAUGAGCUGGCACAGGUUUUGCUGGCAAUGUCUGCGGCACAGGUAGAGGACAAGGGACAAAAAGACUCGACGCCAUUAAUGGAGGCCGCUUCUGCCGGUCACUUGGACAUUGUGAAACUGUUGCUCAGCCACAACGCCGAUGUGAAUGCGCAUUGUGCGACUGGGAAUACACCGCUGAUGUUCGCCUGCGCCGGUGGACAGGUGGACGUUGUCAAAGUGCUACUGAAACAUGGCGCCAACGUUGAGGAGCAAAACGAGAACGGACAUACACCAUUAAUGGAGGCAGCCUCCGCCGGGCAUGUGGAAGUAGCAAAGGUGCUGCUGGAUCAUGGUGCCGGCAUCAACACCCACUCGAAUGAGUUUAAGGAGAGCGCCCUCACCUUGGCCUGCUACAAGGGUCAUUUGGAUAUGGUUCGUUUUCUGCUGCAAGCCGGCGCAGAUCAGGAGCAUAAAACCGAUGAAAUGCACACGGCGCUGAUGGAGGCAUCAAUGGAUGGUCAUGUCGAGGUGGCACGCUUGCUACUCGACUCGGGAGCGCAGGUUAACAUGCCAACGGAUUCAUUUGAAUCGCCGCUCACCCUGGCAGCUUGUGGUGGUCAUGUAGAGUUGGCACUGCUGUUAAUUGAGCGCGGCGCUAACAUUGAGGAGGUCAACGAUGAGGGCUACACCCCACUGAUGGAGGCGGCACGUGAGGGGCACGAGGAAAUGGUGGCACUGCUGCUGACUAAAGGUGCCAACAUAAAUGCCACCACCGAGGAGACCCAGGAGACGGCAUUAACGCUCGCCUGCUGUGGCGGUUUUAGUGAGGUGGCCGCCUUUCUGAUCAAUGGUGGCGCCAAUUUAGAGCUGGGCGCCUCCACGCCGCUCAUGGAAGCCUCGCAAGAGGGCCACACCGAUCUGGUUCGCUUUCUGCUGCAGAACAAGGCAAAUGUGCAUGCAGAGACGCAAACCGGAGAUACGGCGCUGACGCAUGCCUGUGAGAAUGGGCAUACGGAUGCGGCCGGUGUGCUCCUCUCGUAUGGGGCCGAGCUCGAGCAUGAAUCAGAAGGCGGUCGAACGCCGCUAAUGAAGGCCUGUCGUGCAGGUCACCUGUGCACAGUCAAGUUCCUCAUCCAAAAGGGCGCCAAUGUCAACAAGCAGACGACCAGCAAUGACCAUACGCCACUCUCGCUGGCCUGUGCUGGUGGGCAUCAGAAUGUGGUGGAGUUGCUGCUGAAGAAUCAUGCGGAUCCGUAUCACAAGCUCAAGGAUAACAGCACAAUGCUGAUCGAGGCCUCGAAGGGUGGCCACACACGGGUUGUGGAGCUGCUAUUUCGCUAUCCGCACAUCUCGCCCACAGAUCUGGGAGCUGGGGGCGCGAAUGCGCAGGCAGUGAAUCAAAUACGCCAGCAAAAGCUAUUGCAACAGCAGAUCCAACAUCAGCUGCAGUUGCAACAGCUGAAUGCACCACCCGGCCUCCACGAGGUAACCGAAGCGGCACGCGCCAACAAUCAGCAACUGUUAUACCAGCAGCAAUUCAGCGGCAACUCAUCCAACAACAACAACAACAUUGUUGCCCUGGGUACAGGUGAUUUUCUCGACGCCGGUGAGCUACAGCUAACGGCUGCAUCUGCUGCAAGUAUCUCGGAUGCGUCCACAACAGAGGAGUAUGUCACGACUGUGGGCAGUGCCGGAGGCGGUGGCGUCGGCGGCGGUGGUGGCAUCGAUCUAACCACAUUGAGCGCACAACAGCAGGAGGGGCUGAUUGCGAAAUCGCGUCUGUUUCAUCUGCAGCCGGGAUUUGAGCAACAGCAACAACAACAACAGCAGCAGCAGCAGCAAACGACAACACUGCCGCCAACGGGUGGCCAUUUGGUGCCUUGCAAGCACUUUGAUCUUGAUAUGGAGCACAUCAAUUCAUUAACGCCGCCGCAAAAAGCACCACCAGCACCACCCGUUAUGAUGCACACCGUUUGUCAGCAAACUGUGCUACAACAACAGCAGCAACAACAACAGCAGCAACAACAGCAGCAACAAAAGAUGCAACAACAGCAGACAAAGCUCAAGGGCGUUGGUGGGGCGCGUAAGAAUCGCCAGCUUUUAAGCGAGCUAAGCUUUAUUACUGACUUGCCGCUGGAUGGGUUUGUAUUUCCGGUUGAACAGCAUUCCGAUCAGGUGCGCUCACAGCCCCUUGGCGAGGAUGACAAACAGCAACAGCAACAACAAUUGCAGCAGCAACAGCAGCAGCAAUUUGCCUGUGCUGGAGACGAACAACGUUCGCAGCGGCGACGUGGCUUUGAUGCGCCUUGCGACUCUAGCGUUGGCACUGAUGCGACUUUGGAGACCACUCAGAAAGGUGCCACUGCCAAUGAUACCAAUCAGAGUUCAUUCGUUGCCAACGAGAACGCCUCGCAAAUUCCAGCAGCGCUUAACACUGGCUCUGCAACUGGCACCAUCACCCACUCCUCGGAGGUGCUGCAGAGCACGGCAAUCAGCGAUCGGCCCAAGGUGAAGGCCAUCAAUAAGAACAAUCGCAAGCAGGCGGCUGCUUUAGCAUUAGCUGGCGUAGCUUCUGUUUCGGCGGCAGCACAGCAGGGCCAGGCAUUGCCAUUGCAGCAGAAUCAAAUGGUCUCCAUCUACAACAGUUUGCACAUGCAGCAGACGCAGCUACAAUUGCAGCAGCAUAUGCAACUGCAUCAUCAGCAACAGCAGCGUGCCGCCGCCUCCGUUGUGGACUACUCCAAUUCACCGGCCUCUCCCAUGGCCUCACCAACGGGCUGCAGUGGCAACAGCAACAGCUUUACCGACCAGCAGCAGCAACAGCAGCAGUCGCAGAAUCCGCCAAUCGUCGAAGGUGGGGGUAAUGAGGUGCUGCAGCACAAGGCUGCCAUGGAGGACUUUCGCGGCCUGCUUGAGACUGCGGUCAAUGAGUCGAGAGGAAAUGGCGGCCAUUCAACGCUGACAUGCUUCAAUGAUAAACUGGCACCGCAGCUGAAAAUCUUCAAGGAUGGCUGGCAGAUGCACAAGUUUUUUGGGGAGCAACCCAAGUCGCCAACUGAGACGCCGCCCGAAAUGGAGGAGACCAUCAUGUCGCCUUCUUUGGAGCGCGUCGAAACGCGUGCAGAGAUGAAGAAUUUGGCCACGCUGUGCUCGGCAGCAGCCAUGGCGGCUGCCGUAACAGCAGCUAAUAAGGAGUCCGAAGAAGUUGCAACUGAUAACGAAAGUGAUGAGGGCGAGGGCGGUGAGGUCGAGGGCGAGGAGAAUACUCUGCCACCUGAACCUAUCGAUCUGACUGACACGAUCAUUGAGGAGGAAGUGGAAGACGAUGAUGAUGAUGAUGAGGAUGAUCCGGACACGCAAAGCGGUGAGAUUGAGAAACUUAACUACGACGACGAUGAUGCGGAUGCUGAAGUUGAUGAUUAUAUCGAUGAAGACGAUGAGGGCGACGAGGAGGACGAUGAGUUCUUCCUGGACGUAAACGUCGCCGCUGAGAAUCGAAUCGACAGUAAUCCACAAAGUGGCGCAGAUCUGCCGUCAAAGCAACGCAAAUUGUCCACAAGACUGGAGAAUCUAAUGCUAACCAAGCCAGAUAUGCUGGCAAAAACAUUAUGCGAUUUCCGAUCGGAUUUGCCCAACUCGGAACUGAUGCAUAUGCUGCCCAUCAAAGCGGCAGCCGCCAACAAUGCAGCUUUAAACAGUCUACUACAACAGCAAUUGGCUGCUGCCACAGCGGCCGCAGUCCAUGCCAAGGCUCACAGUCAACAGCAACAACAGAACUCGGAGCAGUGUGAUGAUGCCGCGGCAGUUGCAGCAGCUGGAGAGCUCUAUGGUGGUCUGGAGCAUUUUGCCAAUGAUGGAAGCGAGGGUGCACAGUAUGAUAUCACCGGUGAAAUGGAGGAUAUAUUUCAGGAGCUGGCAGAGAAUUUGCAUUAUCCCGAACUCGCCGAGUUUAGCCUUAAUCAGAUGUGCAAGGCUCGAUUCACCGGCCAUUGGUCACAGUCGCCCGGCAAGUGGAGCGGACAGGAGCAGCUGUUGGCAGCAGCAGCUGCGCAGCAUUCGCAGGCAUUAUUGAGUGCAGGCGAUGCGCCAACGGACGCCGCCCAGCAGCAGCGGCAGGCGAAUCUCGUACUCCUUGACUAUCCGAUGCAGUCGUCGCAACCGGGUCUGCCACAACGUUUGCUCGAUCCCGAGGAGCUGCAGAGCAUGCAGCACCAGCAAACGCCCGUUGCAUUAUUGCCAUUCUCUGCGGAUAAUGCUGGUGUCUCUGCCCCUGGAGGAAGCACACAACAGCAACAGCAAAUGCAUCAAUCAGUGCACAACAGCGAGUUCCAGCUGCAGCAGCAGCAUCAGCAACAGCAGAUGGCACUGGAGGGUGAUCCUGAGUUGAAACAGCAGCUUCAACAACUGCACCACUUGCAGCAACAGCAGCAACACUCGAAUGCGCGCAUUAUUAAAGCUGUGGCUGCUGCAAGCGGUCAACAGCAGCAACAACAACAGCCAGCAGCCAACUUUGUGUACAAUGUGGAGAGCGGUGACAAGAAUACGCCGCCAGUGCAGCUACUAUUUCAACUGCCACCGGCCAUGUCACAACAGCCUCAACAGCAGCAGCCACUGCAGCAACAGCAGCUUGGCGAUCAGACAUCAGAUCAGCAACAGCAUCAGCAACAACAACAACCAUUAUUGCCCACGGAACAGCAGCAGCACAUGUUCCAGCAGAUGUUCCAGCAUCGCGCCGAACGACUGAUUCAACAGCAGCAACAACAGCGACCACCGACACAAACCGAACUGGAAUUGGUGGCGCAAGAGUUGCUGCUGCAGCAGCGGCAAUCGCCAGCAGUCGGCCCACCCGUUGUCGGUGUUCAGGCAUUGGCCAUGCCCCAGAGCCCAAAGCAGAAACACUACCACAUGCAAGAUCAGCUCAUGCACAUGCCGACAACUCCAUGCGUACAGCAUCAGGUGGGCGCACAUACUGGCUCCGUUGCGGUGCCUCAGCAAUUCACCCAAUUCGCACUUCAGCAGCAACAGCAGCAGCAACAGCAACAGACGGCUCAGCAGCAACAACAACAACAGCAGCAGCAAAAUGAGUUAUCAAUUUGGCCAAUGGCAACACCAAAUGCAGCAGCAGGAGCAACGGCAGCUGGCGGUGCAUCCAAAUCAAUGCCCGGCGGUAUUGCCAAAAAGGCAAUUGAUAAGCAAUCUCGCAAGGAUCGACGAAUUUUCCGGCAAACGCCCGCUGGCAGUCAAGUCAACACGAAUCAACAUCAGCAGCCAGUGGCGGCAGCAACAGCGGCGGCAGCAGCAGCAGCAGCAGCGGCUGCACAGCAGCAAGCACAACUACAGAAUCAGCUGGCGGUUGCAGCUGCAGCAGCUGUCGAUAAAACCAUUGAGAUUGAUUCGGAAACGGAAUCGAAUCAUGAUACGGCCCUGACACUGGCCUGUGCCGGUGGCCACGAGGAGCUGGUGGAGCUGCUCAUUAGCCGUGGUGCAAACAUUGAGCAUCGUGACAAAAAGGGUUUCACUCCCCUAAUACUGGCUGCCACGGCGGGUCAUGAGAAGGUCGUGGAAAUACUGCUCAAGCAUAAUGCUGAGAUGGAGGCACAAUCGGAACGCACCAAGGAUACACCGUUAUCGCUGGCCUGCUCCGGCGGUCGCUAUGAGGUUGUCGAACUUCUGCUCGGCGUCGGCGCCAACAAGGAGCAUCGCAAUGUUUCCGACUAUACGCCACUCAGUUUAGCCGCCAGCGGUGGUUAUGUGAAUAUCAUCAAGCUACUGCUCAACCACGGAGCCGAGAUCAAUUCGAGGACGGGCAGCAAACUGGGCAUCUCGCCACUGAUGUUGGCCGCCAUGAAUGGACAUACAGCUGCCGUUAAGAUGCUGUUGGAUCAAGGCUCCGAUAUUAACGCACAGAUUGAGACAAAUCGCAAUACGGCAUUAACGCUGGCCUGCUUCCAGGGCCGGCAUGAGGUUGUCAGUCUUCUGCUCGAUCGUCGUGCCAAUGUCGAGCAUCGCGCGAAAACCGGCCUUACUCCGCUGAUGGAGGCCGCCUCCGGUGGCUACAUUGAAGUGGGUCGUGUUCUCCUCGACAAGGGAGCCGAUGUGAAUGCAGCGCCCGUGCCGACAUCUAGGGAUACAGCACUGACCAUUGCCGCUGACAAGGGACAUCAGAAGUUCGUUGAAUUGUUACUGUCGCGCGGCGCCAGCGUCGAGGUAAAAAACAAGAAGGGUAACUCACCUCUGUGGUUGGCCGCCCACGGUGGCCAUUUGAGCGUGGUGGAGUUGCUGUACAAUCACAAUGCGGACAUUGAUUCACAGGACAAUCGACGCGUCUCCUGCCUGAUGGCCGCUUAUCGCAAGGGUCACACCAAAAUUGUCAAGUGGAUGGUUCAGUAUGUGUCGCAGUUUCCGUCGGAUCAGGAGAUGAUACGCUUCAUUGGCACCAUUAGCGAUAAGGAGCUGAUUGAUAAGUGCUAUGAUUGUAUGAAAAUUCUACGCUCCGCUAAGGAAGCCCAGGCGGUUAAGGCCAAUAAGAAUGCGUCCAUAUUGUUGGAGGAGCUCGAUUUGGAACGGACGCGCGAGGAGAGUCGCAAGGCGGCCGCCGCACGUCGUCGCGAGCGCAAAAAGAAGAAGAAAAUGGAAAAGAAGGAGGAGAAGCGACGCCAGCAACAGGUCAGCAGCAACGGCGCCGACGAUGAUCAGCAAGGCGACGACGACGAUGCCAGCGACAAUGACAAGGAUGAUGAUACCGACAAGGAGGACGAUGACGAAGAGGCGCCACCAGCACGCGAAGAGGGCGAUUCGGGCAUUGAUCAGGGCUCCUGCUCAAGCGGCGAUACAAAGGCCACUCGCGUCUCCUCAGCCAACCAGCAACAGGCGGAUAGCAACAGCGGCGUCGUCAAUCCGCCAGCGAAGAAAACUAAAAAGCAACAGCAGCAGCAGCACCAGAAGAACAAACAAACAACGCAGCAGCAGCAACCACCCAGCGAAGCAGCAACCAUUGCACCAGCAGCGAUGUCGUCGUCCACCUCAAUUGGCAAGAGUGGCGGCCUGGUUCAGAAGAAGACACCAACUGGCGCUGAAAGCGUAAAUAAAUUGCCGUCCAGCAGCAGCAGCAAUCAGCAAACGGUUAGCCAGCAACUCAAGCGCCAGGUGGAAGCCGCCAAAAAGGAGGAACAACAACAGUUGGUUGCAAUGGCCACUUUACCCGCCAUCAGCAGCAGUAAGAAAUCAACUAAAGAAACGAGCAACAACAAGCGCGAGAAGGAGAAUCUUGCGCCCAGGGAAUCCCAUGCGUCGGCAGCAGCACCGAAGCCACAAGCUGCCGGCUCAGCCAGCAGCAGCAAACUGCAGCCAGUUAGCAAUGAAUCUGUUAGCAACAUUGCCACACGCAAGGAGGCGGUAGGCAACACACACAAAUCAAACAGCAGCAGCUCAGCGGCUGGCGCAACGCAAGCCGCCAAGCGCAGCGAAGUCGAUGGCUGGAAGGAGGUGGUCCGCAAAAGUAGCGCCCAACAAACAACAAUUGUGGGCGGCUCCUCCUCUUCCUCAUCGGGCGCUGCAUUAUCGCUGGGCGCUGGCAGCGCAAGCAGCACAAAUAUGACGCCAAACAAUUCAACAACGAGCAUAAACAGUGGUGGCGUUGCUGGAGGUGUAGGCGGCAGCAGCAUCAUCCAGCAUCAUCAUUCAGUAAGUAGCUCCAGUUCGAACUCAUUGGCCGCCAACUCCGUGCCGGAGAUGACGUGCAAGAAGGUGCAAGUGCCGGUGAAUGCCAUUUCACGUGUAAUCGGACGUGCCGGCAGCAACAUAAACGCAAUACGCGCCACAACCGGCGCCCACAUUGAAGUGGAGAAACAGGGCAAGAAUCAAUCGGAGCGCAGCAUUACGAUUAAGGGUCUGACCGAUGCCACCAAGCAGGCGCACAUGCUCAUCCUGGCGCUGAUCAAGGAUCCCGAUGUGGACAUCCUGCAGAUGUUGCCACGCAUCAAUAGCAGCAUCAAGGCAAACGCUGCCGCACCAUCAGCAAUCACAACAACAACAACAACGCCCAUGCCCGUUGGCACCUGGGAUAACCGCACGGCUGCCGUUGGCGGUUUAACAACAGUGGGUAACUAUUCCUCAGCAGCAUCGACAACAUCCACAUCGUCGAGCUCAUCGGCCAGCUCAACGCCAGCGGUGGCCUACAGCGGUGGCCAAGCUCACUCUGCUCACAAUGCUAAGCAGCAACAGCAGCAGCAGGGCGGAUCCUCCUCGAACGGCGUUAAGGCACAAAGCGGACGGGGCACUGGUGGUGGUGGUGCCUCCAAAUCGAAUGCCGCCGGCGGCAAGGCGUCCGCUAGCUCAACGCGUGGUCAGAGCAGUCGGGCAUACAAUAGCUCCACUCAGCAGCAGCAGCUAUCGUCGAUUCGUGGUGGUACAUCCUCCACCUCGGCCAAUGGCAUUGUGCCCACUCAAUCCUUGAAAACCAAACAGGACAAUGUCGCCGCUAACAGCAGCAGCAGCGGCACCCUCAAGUCCAGCACAACGUUCACCAGUCAACAAAAGAGCUCUGCUGUUGCAGCAGCACAGAGCAGCAAAUUGUCGCAAAGCUUUGGCAUGAAGGCGGCCAACCCAACUGCUGUGGCACAAUCACCCAAAAAACUAGAAACAACUGUGGGUGGCACGGUUGGACGCAGCGGUGGCAGUGUUCUUGUUGCGCCUUUUGGCCGUGGCAAGCCAGUUGGCGGCAAUGCUAUCUCCGUUUCGCAGUUGGGCACCAGCAGUAGCAACAGCAAUAACAACAACGGCAGCAGCAAUAACAACAACAACACAUUGGCUGGACCAAUUGGUACUUUCAACGUGGCUGAUGCUGCGGCGGUUAACGCAGCCGCAGCAGCAGCUGCUGCCAGCCUAAUAAGUAGCAGCAGCAGCACCAACAACAACAUUGUUAAGCCACGCGCUGUUACGCCCAUUGCACCGCCCAAGCGCAAUUUCUCACCAAUACCGCAAGCCCAACAACAGCAGCAAUUACAACAGCAGCAGCAACAACAACAAAAGCAGCAACAGCAGCAGCAUCAACAACAACCACUACUACAACAACAGCAGCAGCAGCAACAAGCAGCAGCACCAGCACAGCUACAAUCACAAACGAAUAACAACAACAAUCAACAUCAGAAUCUAGUAAUGUUGAAUGAUCUGUACAACGAUGGCAUCAGUGCCUCCGUGCUGGCCGAUAAGUUGUCCAGUGCAUAUUCCCUCUUCGCCGACUAUCAUCAUUCGCAGUGGGGCAAAUUGGCUGUCGAUGGCAAUGCGAUUGCUGGCAGCAGCACUGGCACUGGCAACGCUGCUGGCUGUGGUGGCAUCAAUGCGUUGGUGGGUGAUGUUCUGCCACAGGCAGAUGCUUCCAAGGCGCCGGGCUAUAAUCGCAACAUACUCAGCUCGCCUGUGGGCAGCUCGAAGGCCUCAUCGAACCAUUCAACUUCGCCGCCCGUCGGCAAUGCAGCAACAGCGAACCCAAUACAACACCAGACGCCACAACAGCAGCAGCAGCAGCAAUCCCAGAACAGCCAGCAGCAGCAAAGUGUGCAGCAGGCGUUGAACAUAAUCACCAGUGGUGCUGCCGGCGUUGGUGUUGGCAACAACAGCAACCCAUCAGCAGCCAGAUCUCCACUUGUUGUCACAGAGACUGGUGGCAAUGGUGUGGUCGCCACAUCUGUGGGAGUAGUGUCGGUCAAUGGGGGCACACAGGGACAUGCCGAUGGACAUAGUUCGGCACCACUCACCCACUCGCCGGGAGUCAUCAAGCCACCAUCGGCCCCGAUCCAACGACCGACGCUGCCCAUGCAGAUGAACGCACCGCCGGAAUCUGUAUCAGCAAUAUCGGCGAAUGUAGCCAUGAUCGAUCGCCAGGUGCAGGAUUUGCAGCGUAUGCAGCGUCUCUAUGAGCCCUAUAUGGUGGAUGGCAUGAUACGCCUGAAUCCCCGAUCAUCGGUCUUUGCCCAGGGCAACAACAACAAGGCACAGCAGCAGCAGCAGCCACAACCACCGAGUGGUGGUGUUGUUGGUAAUCAGGCACAGGUGCAACAACCAUCGAAUAUGUUUGCCAAUCCGGCAAGACAAGCGCCUGGCGCACGUCUCCAGCCGCUUGGCGGGGGAGCCGGUGGUGUGGCCCCGGCUCGCUGGUAUGGUGGCGCCUUAGAGUAUCCACCGUACAGUGGGCGUGACAUGCAUCUGCAUCUGGAGAAUGGCGGCGGACCAUUGGCCGGUUUGAGCUCACCAUCUGCCAUGUCACCCAAUCAUGAUGACAUACGCAAGAUGCCGCGACCCAUCGGCACCGAACGCGCUGCCUCCUGGAAGUACAAUAACUACAAUGUGGCCAACUCGGCGCUCAGCAUGGAUGAUACUUUAACAAGCGCAUUGCCGCCAUGGGCGCAUGAGCCCAAGGCACAGCCGCCUGGCCUCCAGCAGCAGCAACAGCAGCAGCAGCAGCAGCAACAACAGCAACAACAGCAGCAGCCCCAACAGCCGCCCAAUUGGCUAAAACAACACUACAGGCCAUACAACAACGGACCCUAUCCGCAGCAGCAGCACGAGCCAAUGAAUAUGCCAAUGGACUAUCAUAAUAUGCAGCAGCAGCCGCCACCGCAGCAGCAGCUUGUUAAUUUGAUGCCAUCCUCGUAUACCUUUCAGCAUUUUGUGGGCGCGGAGGAGGUCUGGGAACAUGAGAAACACCAGCCAUCCUGGACAAAUUACUCCAACUGGUCAAACUGAUGCGCCAGCGCAGAACAAGCAGCAGCCGCCAACGAAUGCGAAUGCAGGGGAUCAACCUGGCAAGCUGCUGAAGAUUAGAUAAAUCUAAAUUGAUUGAUCUAAUUGAAACGAACCGGCUAAGACGACCGACCACAUCUAGGAAAAACAAAAAGAACAAGUCCAAGCCAAUACUGAAAAAAGGAGUGCACAUCGAUCGAUAACAGUAAAAACCGUCAGAGAUAUGAAAAUGCCAAUUAAA